CGCGGGGAAGGCGCCCACAGCAGGUGUGGUGUUCAUCCCGGGUCGACCGGCCGCUCGCGCUGCCCUGAAACUCUAGUCGCCAGAGAGGCGGCAUGGGUUUCCGGAAGUUCUCCCCCUUCCUGGCUCUCAGUAUCUUGGUCCUGUACCAGGCGGGCAGCCUCCAGGCGGCGCCAUUCAGGUCUGCCCUGGAGAGCAGCCCAGACCCGGCCACACUCAGUAAAGAGGACGCGCGCCUCCUGCUGGCUGCACUGGUGCAGCACUAUGUGCAGAUGAAGGCCAGUGAGCUGAAGCAGGAGCAGGAGACACAGGGCUCCAGCUCCGCUGCCCAGAAGAGAGCCUGCAACACUGCCACCUGUGUGACUCAUCGGCUGGCAGGCUUGCUAAGCAGAUCAGGGGGCAUGGUGAAGAGCAACUUCGUGCCCACCAAUGUGGGUUCCAAAGCCUUUGGCAGGCGCCGCAGGGACCUUCAAGCCUGAGCAGAUGAAUGACUCCAGGAAGAAGGUGUGUCCUAAAUCCAAUGACAUAUCCUUAUAAGAGAUUCACUCAGAAGACACAUGUGGAGAAGGUGACAUGACAGAGGCAAGGAGGCACAAGCCAAGGAAGUCUGUGUCUACCAGAAGCCAGAAUCACAGAACAGUCUCUGGAAGAAGAGCAGCCCUGCUGACACCUAGAGUUUGGACUUCCAGCUUCCAGAACUGUGAGAGAAUAAUUUCUGUUGUUUUAAGCCACAAAGUUUGUGGUAAUUUGUUAUGACAGCCCUAGGAAACUAAUACAAUACAUUUUCAUUUAUUUUGGGUAAAUGCCUUGGAGUGGGAUUGCUGGGUUAUUUGGAAAGUGUGUAUUUAACUCUGUAAGAAACUGCCAAACUAUUUUCUGAAGUGACUGUAACCACUUCGCCUUCUUGCCAGCCACGUAUGAGAGCUCUAGUAUUUCCACAAAUAGGUAUGUAGCAGUAUCUCAUUGCUGUUUUAAUUUGUAUUUCCCUAAUGACUAAUGACGUUGAGCAUCUAUUUUACCAUAUGUUUAUCACCUUUAUUGAAGGGUCUGUUUAAAUCUUCUGCUAAAUUUUUGUUGGCUUGCUUGCUUUAUUAGUGUUGAGUUUUUAGAGCUCUUUAUAUGUUGUGGAUGCAAGAUUGUUUUCAGAUAUAUAGUUUGGAAACUUCCUUCCCCUGAAUCUGCGGAUUGCUUUUUCAUUUUCUUAGCAGUGUCUCUCACAGAGAAAAAGUUGUAAUUUGAAUAAGAUCCAAUUCAUCUUUUUUUUUUCUUUUAUGUAUUGUGCUUUUAGUUCAUGUCUAAGAACUCUUUGCCUAACUAAGGUCCCAAGGUCACAAUAACCUUAUUCUAUACUUUUUUGUAAAAGUUUUAAGUUUUAUAUUUUAUAUGUAGAUUAGUGAUCUAUUUUGAGUUAAUUUUUGUAUAAGGUGAGAGGUGUAGGUUGAAAUUCAUACCUGUGAAUAUAGAUACCCAAUUGUUUCAGUGCCAUUUGUUAAAAAGACUGUUAUUUCACCAUUUAAUUGCCCCUGCACCUUUGUCAAAAAGCAACUGAUCAUAUUUGUGUGGGUAUAUUUCUGGGUUCUCAAUUCUGUCUCAUUGAUUGAUUUGACCAUUCUUUUGCCAAUGUCAUACUGCCUUGAUUAGUGUAGUGUUAAAGUGAAUCUCAAAACCAGGUAAUGUGGGUCUACCAACAUUGUUCAUUCUUGUUCAAAAAGAUUUUAGCUACAUCUAAAAUAUUUUCUACAUCUUUUAUACAUUUUAGAAUCAGUGUGUUAAUAUCUACAAAAUUUCUGAUGAGAUUUUUAAUGGGAUUGUGUUAAAUCAGUGGGUUAAUUUUGGGAGAAUUAGCAUAUUAAUAAUAUUAAGUCGUUCAAUUCAUGAACACAAUACAUGUUUUCACUUAUUUAGGUUUUCUCUGUUUUUUUUUUUUAACAGUGUUCUCAGUUUUCAACAGAAAUAUUCUACACAUAUCUUGUUAGAUUUUUAACUAUUUUAUUUUUUGGUGCUAAUGUAAAUGGUACUUAAACAUUUUUGUUUUUAAUUGUUCAUUGCUAGUAGAUAGAAAUACAAUAUUUAAAAUAUUAACAUUGUAUUCUGUGACCUUGCUAAACUCAAUUAUUCAUUCUAUGAGGUUUUUUUUGUUGUUGUUUCUUUCAGGGUUUUCUAUGUAGACAGUUAUGUUUUCUUCUAGUAGAGUUAGUUUGAGUUCUCCCUUUCACAUCAGCUUAUCUUUCAUUUCUUUUUCUUGACAUAUUACUCUGUAUAUAACUUCCAGUAUGAUGUUGAAUUGGAGUAAUAAGUGCAGACAUCCUACUCAAUCGUUGUGGUGAUAUUAAAGAAAAGUCCAUACAUUCUUUGGUACUACUUCCUUUAAAAUUGGGAGUCAACAUCCCCUUCCCUUAAGUGUAAAUUCUAUUGACUGAUUUGCUUCUAACAAUAGAAUGUGACAGAGGAGAUGGUAUGUGACAUGUGCUUAGAGCAUAUAAGGUAUUAUAAUAUCCUCCUUGCUUUCUUUCUUGGGUUACUUGCUCUGGGGGAAGUCAGAUGACUUGUGAAGACAUUCAAGCACCUGUGAGAGGCCUACAUAGCAUGGAACUGAGGCGUCCUGACAAUAGCCAUGUGUGAGCAAAGUGGGGUUGCAAUCAGCUUCGUUGGCGCCAGUUAAGCCUUCAUAUGACUGUAGCCCCAGUGGAUACCCUGCCUGCAGCCUCAUGAGAGACCUUGAACAAGCACCACCCAGCUAAGUCAUUUCUAAAUUCCUAACCCACAGAAACUAUGACCAAAAAAAAUUGUUGUUUUAAGCCACUAAGCUUUGGGGUAGUUUGUUACAUAGCAAUAAAUAAUACAGUCUUUCAACAUUAAACAUAUUAGGUAUAAAUUUUUUAAUAGAUGCUCUUCAUCAGGUUAAGAACAUUCCCUUUGAUAUCUAAUUUGCUGAGAGUGUUUUUUUUAUCAUUAUGGAUUAAUAUGAGAACUUUUGUGGAAGCUAAAUGAUGAGAAUACAUGGACACAUAGAGGGGAACAACACACACUGGGGCUUAUUGGAGGGUGGAAGGUGGGAGGACAGAGAGAAUCAGGAAAAAUAACUAAUGGAUACUAGGUUUAAUACCCAAGUGAUGAAAUAAUCUAUACAACAAACCCCCAUGACACACAGUUAUCUAUGUAACAAACCUGCACAUCCUGCACUUGUACCCCUGAACUUUAAAGUU